AACACUUGACUGUAAUCUUGAGAUGAGAAAACUUUCAGUUCUCUUAAUUCAGAAACUUAUUCAACAUCCUAACAACCUUACAGCGAACCGCCAGAGGACAAGACAAACAAGCGGCUAGCCGACUUAUCUUUUAUACAUCGAACGGGUAUUUUAUACGGUCGUGGCGGCUGUAAAAAGUUUUCAGUGAUUCCCUUGCUUCCGGAGGUUCAGAUUAAAAAGUUUAUUGGAUGAGUCCAGUGCGCGGGCGGCCGGACGCGGACCGCGCCGUGCCGGGGGUCGUCAUCACCGACAUGGACACCGUCCAGGAAGAAAACGACAACGACAGCGACGAGUCUUCCUACUCCGACAUUGAGCGUCUCCGGGAGCGAACUCGCGCAAUGCUGUCCCCGGGCGGGGAGGCGCUGCAGUCGCACAGCCAGCCCAGCAGCCGCCGCAUGUCCAGCGACAUCGACGCCAAGGUUGCUGCUAAUCUUAAUACCAGACGUCCCUCGGCGAUCAUAGCCGCGUUCCGUCGUCCGUCGCAGGCGCUGGCUCUGUGCGCGGCAACCCAGCGCAAGUUCCUGUCCGAGCUGUCUCCACACUCGCGCGCCUCCAUGGUGUCCAAUGACCACCUCGACCAUCCGCCGACGGCUGCCGAGAUCAUGGGACACGAGGCGCUGAGCAAGGCGCUGUCGGUGCUGUACGCCAAGCUGCUGGUGGUGCUGGGGCUCGCCUUCCCCGUCACCGAGGUCAUCGCCAGCGGGGUGCCCGACUCCUACUAUCAGGGUUUCUAUUUAUACCUCUAUUCAGUAUCAGUCAUAUUUAUUAUAUUUCAAUAUGUUAAUCUUAUAAGAAAGAAGACUGUCGACUCAAUUUUAAGUGAUUACGAUGUUGAAGAGAAGCUGGAAAGUAGGAGAGAUAAAAAUGCCUCAGCAUCGGAACAAAAACCAAAUCAGAAAAAAGGAGAAGCCAUAUCCCGGUACGGGAGUUUUUACCUACGACUGGGCGCUAUUGCAUUCGGAAUCGGCUCAAUGGUGUACAGCGGGCUAGAGUUCGGGGAAUACUUCGAGAUGAACGACCGCUGCCGCUCCGUCCUCUCCGCACUGACGCCGGCGGUGCGCAUGGCGCUGACGUUGCUGCAGAUGCAGUUCAUGUUCCUCACUAACAAGGACAUCGAGGCCGGCAGCCACAAGAUCGUCCAGAGGUUCGGCUUCAUGCACAUGAUCGCCGCCAACCUCUGCGAGUGGCUUUACGUCCUCGUCGAGGAGACCAAGCAUGAGAUACAUCAUCUAGAGCACCGGAUGGAGGUAGCUCAUGUCAAUGUCACUCAUGUGAAUGGGACUGAUGAGAUGAUCCCGUGCCGCCGCUCGAAUAUCAUGGGUGCGUUGCUACAGAACGCUUCGCCGUUCCUCUUCCCGUGUACCAUAGAGUAUUCGCUGAUUGUAGCCGUGAUUUUGUAUGAAAUGUGGAAAGAGGUGCACUGCACUCCAGAAGAUUUUGAAAAGAAGGCGCCGGUGCCAAACAGAAAUAAGUCCCGGAACAACUCUGUUACACCUGAAAAGAUACUGCAGCAAUUUGCCGGCAUGCUCGGGGUAGGCUCUCCGUACGGGAGCCGCGCAGCCCUGCACCACUUCUCCGUGGACUGCUCCCACACCCACCGCGGCCUACUGGCCGGAGUCCUGCUUAUAGUGGCCACCAUCAUCUCGCUCAUCAUGUUCUUUGUGCUGGCUAGCAACCCUGAAACUGUUAAUGACGCAAUCUUCCAAGUGAAUAUAUGUGAGCUCAUUUUGUACUCACUGAGCCUCGCCGCCGCGGCCGUGGCGCUGAAGCAAAUGAGAGCUUUGCCCUACAAACGGAAAAAUGGAGCGGUUCUGUGCCUGGAUACAUCUCUGCUGAUUCUGGCUCAGUCGGGAAUGUUCGUCUACUGCAUGUUCAGCCUCAUCGGUUGUCACCACACGGUGAAUAGCAGACACAGCUCCGGACUGACAGGCUUCUUCUCGGAGUUCAUGUCCCUUAUACAGACAAUAGUCCAGUCCUUGUUCAUAAUCGACGGGUGGUGGCGGCGCAGCGUGACGUCAGAGCAGCGGCGCAGCAAGCCGGGCCGCCAGCUCGUCACCUUCAUGCUCGUCGCCAACAUGGCCAUGUGGGCCAUCAACACGCUUGAGAAGAAUCGCGCAGAGUUCCGCCCGGCGCACCUGGCGUUCUACGGGCCGUGGGCGUGGACCAUCAUCACGCACGUGUCCAUGCCGCUGGCCAUCUUCUACCGCUUCCACUCCACCAUCUGCCUCUUCGAGAUCUGGAAGAACGCCUUUAUGAACAAACCCUUGUACCUCAAUGUGUAGCUAGGUGAUCGUGUUUAUAUCUUGUAUUAUAUACG